UGUGGUCCCUUCCCAGUUUAGGAAGUGAGUCAUAGCCCAGUGGUCCGUUGCAGUACAUGGGAAAAGAAAGCGGAUGGGAGGGAGAGAGAGGAGGAAUCAGAUUAACAUCGCUAGAGAGGGUCGGUCGGAGGAGGGGAAAACAGGGAGGACACUUUAUCUUAUUCGCGGACGAAAAACGGACAACAAACCAGCGAGUGAAUCUCAAACAAAACUGAAAAUGCUUCAGCAAGAUCGGGCCAUGAACCCUGUCCUUGGAAGUCGAGCUCUGGUUGGACCACAGUUAACUCUGCGCAUUCAUACCAACAGUCAAAAGAGAUGUGAGAAAGAUGGUAACUUUAACUUCCUGGGGCAGGAUGAUGACUCCAUGACAGGAGAUGAAAAUCGCAACCAGGUGCGUCCAAGAGCUUUGGUCCGUGAUCUGCCUCUUUCUGCCAACCAUUAUGGACCUGGACCCCUCUCCCCCUUGUCUCAUCUGCCAUGCUGGAGCUCUUUGGAGCCUCUUCCUGAGAUUGAAAGUGGAGACGAUAUGGGCGGAAGAGUGCCUCCAGAUGGCGCAGAGGAAGGCAAGUUUGAUGAAGAGAUGAGGAGAGUGACGAAUGAUGAAAAGGAGAAGGCAUUGGGAGAGAGUGAGAAAGUGGAGGACCUACUGGAUGAUGACGAAGAGGAGGAUGGAGUGAUAGACUGGGCUGACAGUGAUGAAGAGUUUGAAUUCAGCUACAGGUCCGAAAGCUCUUCCCCACUCAGCACAGAGAGUGGUGACAUUGGGGCCGUAGGGGCCCACAAUUCCAUCUGGGAUCAAAUCUGCCAUGAACGUCCAACAGCAGACAAUGGGAAUGCGACUGCGGACACCCUGAAAAACCAAAACCGUGUGGAUAAGAAGGCAGAGCGGCGUCAAGAGAGCCUGGAGGGCACUGAUGCAGUUGAAGACAGCUCGUCCGACUCCAAUAUCGACCCCUGUUCUGAGCUGCCGGACCUUAUGGAGGCUGUUUGGACGCUACAGGACCGGGAGAGGUUUAAGGCACAGGAGAUGGAGAAGCAUCAGGUCCAGCUGACCAUGUAUCGUCGCCUGGCCCUUAUUCGGUGGGUUCGCACCUUACAAAAUCGUGUCCAGGAGCAGCAAAACCGCCUCCAGUCCAGUUUCGACGUCAUUCUUACACAUAGGAAAGAGCUUCUGCGCAUGGGUGCUGCCACUGCUGCCCAAUAACAGAAACAAACUGAGAAAAGUCAUGAGACCAUCUGAUGACUAUUAUCAUGUGAAAAAGUAAUCUUUGCAUCUUUGUGCAUCUCAUUUUUGAAUCAAAUUACCUCCUGGGUCUCUGAACUAUUUUGCCCUAAUGUUCCAUAAUGGCAAACUUUUCUCACUAUCAUAAAUGUGGUUAAAAGUCCUCCAAAAAAAUCACCUUUAACUGUGUCCACACGGUUACUGAUGUUUCCGAACUCCUCCAUUCUGAUAUGUUAAAAUAAUUAUAAAGUGUCAUAUAAA